AUAUGGUGUUAACUGCUUACGCCAAAAAGUAAUUAUGAGAAAGUCAUCCGUUUCUUUUGUGCGACAUGAAGUUGGACGUGUUUGGUGCUUUCUAGUUUGCCUGGUGGUUCUGUUGUUGUAUACCUUGUGUUCUCAUUCGCGAACGUGGCUUGCUUACUUGAAUUGACCAAGAUUAACAUGCACUUGGCGAAUUUAACUGAUGAAGUAGAAGACGCUUAAUUUACCGGAACACCUGGUUUUAUUCUCCUUGUACUUUUCAGGAGUCCCCGUGAAGUUAUAUUGAUUUAGGCAGAACCAUCCGACUUGAGAAUGGUAGGGCGAAGUACUGAGGACUUUCUGACUUGUCACUUAUGUAAGAAAUAUUACACAGACCCAAGAUACCUUCCAUGUCUUCACACCCUGUGUAAGAAUUGCAUCACUCAGGAUGUCUACGACAACACUGGUAAUUCCGGGAACUAUGCGUGUCCGUUGUGUUUUAAACCUGCAGGAUUUCCCCAAAGUAUUGCUCCACAGAAUGUCAUUGAAAAUCUUCCAGAGAAUACGAUGGUUUCGGGAAUGGUGGACGUAGUUCUGGCGAGAAAUUCUAUGAAAGUUGCGUGUCAGCCAUGUUCAAGAAAGAACAAGUCCGUUAAUGCUACUCAUUGGUGUCGCUUCUGUAGUGAAACUCUGUGUGACGAUUGCACUGGUUUCCACCAGUCGCUGAAGAAGACAAUGAGACACCAUGUCAUGGAUCUUGCAACGAUGAGGAAGAUGUCGAUCCGAGACAUGAUGGCUCCGCCCACUUGCAAAUAUCAUGAAGACGAGGUUCUUAUGCUUUACUGUGACGACCACGAAGAGCUUUUGUGCAAUAUCUGCACUGCGACGCGUCACCGGAAGUGCGGAAGUGUCCGUGAUGUCCCGGAAGUCUUGGAAAGCAAACAAAAUGGCGUCAAGGCACUACAGGAUAGACUAAGCGAACAGACUCGUGGGGCUGAGUAUGUUGCAGAUGACAGAGAGACGGCAGUCAAGCAGAUGGACAACAACAUGGCGUCAGUUCUGGAUGAAGUAAAAUCUCUCAGAAAGAGAAUCAACGGCAUGCUCGAAAAAUGCGAAACGCAACUUGCUACAGAACUGAAAGACAUUGGAUUGCAAGAAAGAGAGAGGUUAAAUGAGCAGGUACGAAAUGCACAAUCGCUUUUAAGCGCUGCAAGCAACUCCAAAGAAAUACUGAAACAAUCGAAAGAAAACGGUGGCGACAUUCACUUCCUUAACUGGAUGAACCAAGUUGAAAAUGCUGUAGACGACUUUUCCGUGAGAUUUCGAGGUAUAAGUACGGACAUGUCAAAACGUAAUGUAACUUUCAUUGCUGACAACAAACUGACCAGUCUGGCACAAAAUAUAACAAAACUCGGCACAAUUCAUGUAAACAAUCCAUCUAGUCCAGUACAUUCGAAAUCACAAAGAUCCAAGGCUUCGUCCGCGAGGUCGAAAUCUUUGUCCUCAAGAUCCAGCAGCAUUGUUUCAGACAGGUUACUCAGGAGGAAAAGCAGAACAAGAUCAUUGCUAAGAGAGCUCACUCCCUAUGCCGAUUCAGUCUUUUACGGUGACGACGAAGGAAGAAACUUCCUAAAGUCCCGGAAAUCUACUUCACUACGUCCGGUGUUUUCGGCACGGACUCCCUCUGACAUUCUUCCCUGCUGGUUAACAGGUAUCGCUCAACUAAGUAAUGGAUUAUGGAUGUUUGCAGACAAAAACAACAAGAAACUCAAACUCUUUGACUCAUACUUCCAGUUCAAAUCCGAGAGAAUCCUACGAGAAGAGCCGUUUGAUGUUGCCUCUAUUGGUCAUGGUGAAUUCGCUGUCACAGUUCCCGAUGCUCGGGUGAUCGAAUUUUUCCUAACCGUCAAUGACAUUAGUCCGAUUCGGACUAUAAAGUCUACAGAAAAGUGUCACGGAAUUAGCAUAGCGUUCGAUAAGAUUGCAGUCACGUGUUUGACCAUGUAUCCUCCUGCCGUGAGGGUCCUGAUGAAGGAUGGUACUCUACUGCAUCAUAUUGCCCCGGAGGAUGGUUUUCGCCCCCUGCUUCUGAAACCCCUAUAUGUCACUUGGGAUAGUGGCGGGAGAUUUCUGUACGUUUCUGACACACAAAAAGACCGUGUGGUGUGUUUGGACGCGUCCAAAACCAUGAAAUUUGAGUACCGACAUUCUUGUCUUGCGUCACCCCGGGGAAUAGCCCGUGGGGAAGGGGACACGUUUUACAUUUGUGGGUGGGGCACGGAUAAUAUACAGCAUAUCGACAGCCGUGGUGUGCUUAUUCAUGAACAACUUCAGCGUCAUGACGGCGUGAUGGGUCCACAAGCAGUGAACAUGUCGAACGACAACGAACAGCUUGUGGUGACACUUGACCCGAACAGCUGUAACAGUGACGUCAUAUUUGUAUUUAACACAUAAAAACGGUGAAUUGUGAUUACUUCCUUGUUGAUCCAAUUAACAGAAUUUGUUGUUAUUUAGACGGAUUCACAAACAAUGAAAUACGUUGGAAUUAUCCAGAAAUUAGUUUUUAGAAAAAAAAAUAUUCGUUGUCUUUUACGCCAUAAACACAUAUACUUGCAGACAAUUUGCUUAUUUUGGAAAUUUUGAGCAAAUAUUACAAAAACGUUGCUAUUUAAUAUUACUACUAUUUUAUUCGGUGCAUCAGUUGAAUUUAUAUAUUCACAAUAAACUGUAGAAUGUA